AUGCCUCUAUCUGUCAAAUGGCCGUAUUCUCCGAUUGGUCAGUUUUCUUUCGGCUGGAAACUGGCCAGUAGAUUGACCAUGGGAGCUGUGGGACUGACUUCCAAAUUUUUCAUUGACUUCCUGAACAGAACAAAGAUAUAUAAUGCACAUGUUCUCCAUGACAGCAUAGAAAAUCGACCGAAAGAUCGACCAUUAAUAACAAUUUGCAAUCAUCACUCAUGCCUUGAUGAACCUCUUAUUUGGGCUCUCUUGAAAUGGAAACAUCAUAGCUAUCGAAAUGACUUGAUGAGGUGGACUACAGGUGCGGCCGACGUGUGUUUCAACAAGGAGUGGCACUCCAAGUUCUUCGCCCUGGGACGUACCAUUCCACUCGUCAGAGGGGACGGGGUCUACCAAAGGAGCAUGGACUUUGCAGUGCAGCUUCUCAAUCAGGGUGCCUGGGUUCAUAUCUACCCUGAAGGAAAAGUGAACUUAACUCACAGGCACAUGAGAUUGAAAUGGGGCAUCGGCCGCCUGAUAGCCGACUGUCAAAUGACGCCCAUCGUGAUUCCAUUCUGGCAUUUGGGUUGCAUGGAUGACAUACUUCCAAACACACGACCAUACAGAUUAAAAAUGUUCAAAAAAUUGUCAGUCCUGAUUGGCCAGCCAAUGGACCUCAAAGAAACCAUCGACCAAUUAAAUAAGUCCAAGGCUACACCUGUGGAGAAACGAAAAGUCCUGACUGACAUGAUCCAGUCGGAAUUCCGGAAGUUAGAGGAAGAAGCCAAGUCGCUGCACUAUGCCAGGAGUGGGAGGGGACUUAAAUUUCACACCACCGAUACCAUUGUAAAUAGUAGUAGUAAUAAUAAUAAUAAGAAUAAUAAUAAAAAUAAUAAUAAUAAUAAUAAGAGUUCUAGGAGCGACACAAAAUGUGAUAGCGUCGACUUGAGUGUCCUGAAAAGCGACGAUCGUCACGUUUAA